AUGAGGAGUUGUUUGCCCCAGAACGUCUACCUCGUGCUAGGAGUCAGCUCUGCAGAACGUGCCAAAGCUUUUGUGCGACUCAUGAUAGUAUUUUUCUCUUUUUUGUUUUCCCAGGUUCCUGUUGCAUGUAAAUCGUGUCCCUGUGGCUAUAUAUUUAUUAGUCGAAAGCUCCUGCAUGCUAAGCGUUCUGAGAGAUUGCCACCCAUCACAGAAAACAAGAGUGAGGCCAAAAGGAGACGGACAGAGAGAGUUAAGCGAGAGAAGAUAAAUUCUGCGGUAAAUAAGGACUUAGAAAACCGAAAGAGAUCAAGGUCUAACAGCCAUUCAGAUCAUAGCAGGCGAGGAAGAGGAAGACCUAAGAGCGCCUCAGCCAAAAAGCACGAGGAAGAAAGAGAGAAACAAGAAAAAGAAGUUGACAUGUAUGCCAACCUUUCAGACGAAAAGGCCUUCGUGUUUUCAGUGGCCUUGGCGGAAAUAAACAGAAAAAUUAUCAAUCAGAGACUUAUUCUGUAACUUGUAAGCACAAUCUGUUGCAUUUAUAUGCAGAACGGCUAGCACAUUUCCAAGGUGUAAUGGAUGCUGAGGAAGUAUGUUGUCUGCACCAACAAGGACCACAGUAUUUCCUGUUAAAAUUCAGCUGCUCUCCUUGGAAUUUGGAUUCUGUCUCCAAGUCAGAACAAGUGUUCCCAAGAUUGUGUCUGAACAAUACAGAAAUAAAACAGCAAGGAGAAGUUUUAUGCCUUGAAGUUGAGUGCUAGAUGAAUGCACAGAGAGACUGCACCCAUUCCAGAGCACUUCUUUUAGAUUUGCCGCCAGAAAUGCAAUAUUUUAAAUACUUUCAGAAAUAAAUGAUUUUUCUUUUAAAAUAUAUAUUUCAGAUUUUUCAACUAUAUUACAGUUUACAUAUGUACAGUUCACUUUUUAAUAAAUUGAUAUUCCA